AUGUCAGGAGGUGCAUCAAGUAGUUCAGUACGUGAACAAGGGAAUGUUCCACUUCAAUGUCCUAAAUUGACGGAUACAAAUUACACAACUUGGGCACUGAUGAUGGAAACGAUAUUAAAGGCGUAUGGACUUUGGGAAGUGAUUGAUGCAAAGAAGACAACAAAUGACAAGAACGAGGCAGAUGGCAAGAAAGAAGCGGAUGGAAAGAAAGAAACAGUAAUAGAUGAGAAGACAGAAAAUACAGCGAAAGGAAUGAUAUUCCAAAUGUUACCACAAGACAUGUUAAUGCAAGUUGCACAAUACCCUACUGCAAAGGAAGUAUGGAACUCAAUCAAAGUUAGAUAUCUUGGAGCUGAUUUGGUUCAGAAAGUACGUUUGCAAACUUUAAGGACUAAGUUGGAAAUGCUAAAGAUGAAACCGGAUGAAAGUGCAAGCAAAUUUGCGGGAAAGUUAAGUAGCAUACAAGCAAAGUUUAAAAGCCUUGGAGGUACUCUGAAGGAUAAAGUACUCGUGAGAAAACUACUUAACUCGGUACCAAAGAAGUUUCUACCCAUCGUGGCGUCUAUCGAACAAUAUCAAGAGAUUGAUACAAUGCAAUUUGAAGAAGCCGUAGGAAGAAUAACAGCUUUUGAAGAACGACUCAAGAGUCAAGACGAACAAGAAGAUAAUUAUCAAAACAAACUUCUAUUGGCUAAUUCGAAUAAUCGAAGCUAUGGUAUAGGACGUGGAAGAAACUUCAACCAAAACAAAAGUAGCUAUGGAAGAGGUACUAGUCAUGGAAGCAUUGACAAAAGCAAGCUAAGGUGUUAUGAAUAUGGUGAUCAUGGACAUUUCGCGAAAGAAUGCACGAAGUGGAAAGACAAUGAGCAAGAAGCACUUAUUAUCUCAGAAUACGAAGAACCAUCAUUACUGUAA